AUAUUCAAUCUCUCUCUCUCUCUCUCUCUCUCUCUCUCACUCGUCUUUCUCUCUCACGCACAUAGCAACACCAAAAAACACAUAAGUGUACUACAAAGAAAGAGAGAUUGCGCAAACAUUUCAGUGAUUUUUGGGUAAUUAUCCUCGUGAUCUGCGCACAAUCUCAACUACUGCAUAUGGGUUCUUCUUCUUUUUUCUCUCUUUGUUUGUUCACCACCCUUCUCUUUGAAUAAAUCCAUUUCAAGUUUUUGCAACUUGGAGGGUGCAAAAGGGAAUCUAACUUUUGCAAAAGUAGUGCUUUGGAAGCAAUGGGGGCACAAUUGUGACAAAUAUGGAUCCUCAGGCCUUCAUUAGGCUGUCAAUAGGUUCUCUGGGAUUAAGAUGCACUGGCAUUGAACUGAGCACUGGAAAAUCUGGAAUCCAAAGACUCUCUUCACCUUGUGUUUGUGAGAUAAGGCUUCGGGGCUUUCCUGUUCAAACCUCGUCAGUCCCCUUGAUAUCCUCCACCGAAGUUAUACCUGAUACCCAGAACAUUGCUUCCAGCUUUUACCUUGAGGAAUCUGAUUUGAAAGCUUUGUUAGCUCCUGGUUGUUUCCAUAACACUCAUGCUUGUUUGGAGAUUGCUGUUUUCUCCGGGAGGAAGGGGUCCCAUUGUGGAGUUAGUAUCAAAAGGCAGCAAAUUGGGAUUUUUAAAAUGCAGGUCGGCCCUGAGUGGGCUGAAGGAAAGCCGUUGAUUCUUUUUAAUGGGUGGAUAAGUAUUGGCAAGAACAAACAGGAGAAUGGAAAGCCAGGUGCAGAAUUACAUUUAAAAGUGAAACUAGAUCCUGACCCUAGAUAUGUAUUCAAAUUUGAAGAUGUAACAACAUUGAGUCCUCAGAUAGUUCAGCUGCAAGGAUCCAUCAAGCAGCCAAUCUUCAGUUGCAAGUUUAGUAAGGACAGGGUUUCCCAGAUUGACCCGUUGAGCACUUACUGGUCAGGUUCUAAUGACAUUUCUGACUUAGAGACGGAGAGGAGAGAACGAAAGGGGUGGAAGGUGAAGAUACAUGAUCUCUCUGGCUCAGCUGUAGCUGCUGCCUUCAUAAAAACUCCCUUUGUUCCAUCUUCAGGUUGUGAUUGGGUUGCCAGAUCCAACCCAGGAGCAUGGUUGAUUGUUCGUCCUGACGUUUGUCAAUCUGAGAGCUGGCAGCCGUGGGGAAAGCUUGAAGCAUGGCGUGAACGUGGCAUUAGAGACACUAUUUGCUGCAAAUUCCAUCUUCUAUCCGAAGCUCAGGAAGGAGGCGAACUUCUUAUGUCUGAAAUUCAUAUCAAUGCCGAAAAGGGUGGCGAGUUUUUCAUAGACACUGAAAAACAAUUGCGAACUGCAACCAGUGCAGCAAGUCCAAUACCUAGUCCUCAAAGUAGUGGAGACUUUGGUGCACUGAGUCCACUCGUUGGAGGUUUCGUCAUGAGUUGUAGAGUUCAAGGUGAAGGGAAGCGUAGUAAGCCGUUAGUACAGCUGGCAAUGCGACACGUGACGUGUGUGGAGGAUGCUGCCAUCUUCAUGGCUCUUGCAGCAGCCGUUGACCUCAGCAUUGAGGCGUGUAAACCUUUUCGUCGGAAGAUCAGAAGAGGUUUUCGGCAUUCUAUGUGAAGAACAAGGCAAAUGUAUUUAUAGCAACUAUCAUAAAUGUGAAUGCUGUGCCUUUGCUUUUCAUUGCUGCAAUGUUAGAAAAAUGUACAGUCUAAGUUGUUGCCACACAUUGCCCUCUUGAGAAUUCAACAUAUUAGCAUUGUGAUGUCUUGGGCUACAUGACAAUGGGGGGCAUUUGUACAAUUAAUUAUAGCCCACAAAAUGAUCUCAAGUUAAUGAUCUUUCCUAAAAUUGACAUCAUUCAGAAAAAAAAAAAGCUUUUACUUUUGGUAGCUUGUUAUUGUCAAAUGUCAAAUAUCUUUGCUUCAUCAUUGAUUUGGAUUCAUGAUAGACAUUGUUCAAUGUAUUGUCAAUGGCUGUGUUUUACAAUAUGUACAGUUUUAUGAUUUUGAAUUAUCUAAGUAAACACAUUGUCAC